AUGUCCUACUUUAAACAGUGGCAAUAUCCACUGCCCAGCAUCUCACCAGAUGCGCAGAGUACAUUGAUCGAAAUUGCCCACAGUAUUUAUCAAGGGCUUAUCUCUCUUUUUUUGCCAACUCUGUUCCUCUACUUGGCUCUAUAUGCUCUGGUGAAGCAGCAAAUCAAACUAUUUGAAAAGCUCGCUAUGGUAUCUACAGUCGGAUUCCUGAUUAGUAUCGCAAUUGGUGUUAUGAAAUCGUUGGAUUUCUAUGCCCGAAGGCAUUCUCCCCCCAAAUAUACGAACGAGAAUGCACCACCGGACAGGAUAAUUGCUCUUCUUUAUUUGAUAGAGCUUCGUUACGAGUCCUUUACCCCAAAUCAUGUCCGCACUCCUCCAGCGCCACUGAAAGAAGCUGCGACGAAAACGCGUACUAGGACACGUCCUAAGAAACUGCACUUCAAUAUCUCUGAAUUGAAUCUCUCCGAACCAAUAAACCUAGUGAUUCAUAUUCUCUUUUUUCUUAUACUUCAGCAAUUUUUUCCUCAAUCCAACUCGACAGUUCUCGCGGUUCAAAUACUUCUGGCAGUGUAUAUAAUUUGGGAGAUUAUGCAGCUUUUUCUCCGUUACCGGACUAGCCCCCCUCUCUUUGGCCCCAUUUAUGCUGCAACAUCACUUGGUUCAUUCUGGCGGGUCACAUGGCAUAGUGCUUUUGCUAGUCCUUGUCAUUCACUUGUUUAUAGCCCUCUUCGCCGUUAUCUUCCGAUCAGAUAUGGUAUUCCCGUUAGCUUUGCUCGCGGGAUGGGGAUCAUUGCCUCCUUCAUGCUCAUGGGUCUCUUUCAUGUUUAUGGCUUAGCACCAUUGUUGCCGCUAGAUGCGCUUCUCCGCAUAUCUGCAUUCUUCUUGCUGAAUGGGAUUGGAAUAGUCAUGGAAGAAGCGAUGUGGGGUAGACAGACGCAUUGGGGGAAAACGCUUUUGGCCUGGGUGUUUGAAUUAGCAAUUGCUAGCUGGACUGUCGAAGGGCUAUCAGUACCCAGAGGGCUGAGAAACCUUUCGUGGGCAAAUAUCUGUAACGUUGGAAACGAGACUGAAACCAUGUUCGCUUAA